UCACCGCUGCCCCCCCCACUUCCUGGUCUGCUGGACCCCGUUAUGGAGAAGUUGGCCCCUAAGCGGGAAUUCCAAUGGCCUCUUUAGGGGUGUGGCCUAAGGCUCGAAGAAGUGGGAUGUAAAACAAAGAUCAGGAACAGCUUUGAAGGUGCAAAGUGAAUCCGUGCCAGUCAGCAUGUCAGAAACAGAGCACAUAGCCUCCAUUUCCUCUGAUCAAAAUAUUGAGAAAACAUCUGAAAUAAAGGAAGACUCAUGCAAUUCGUUUUCUGGUGAUGAAAACAGCAGCUUAGAAAAUGAGUCCAAACUGUUGUCAUUAAACUUUGAUAAAACUUUAUGUCAGCCUAAUGAACACAAUAAUCAAAUUGAAACACAGGAACAUUAUAUUCCAAAUCAUGGUGGAGGUGAGGAUUCCUGUGCUAAAACAGACAUACGCCCAGAAGAUUCUGAACAAAUAGCUAAUUUUCCUGGUGGAGAUUUUACAAAGCAAGUUUUGAAAACAAAUGAAGCAGAACAAACAGUAACACAAAUAUUGGCGGAAUUAAGGUCAUCUACAUUUUCAGAAGCAGCUAAUCAAAAGACUUAUUCAGAAAGUCCUUAUGAUACAGACUGCACCAAGAAACUUAUUUCAAAAAUGAAGAAUGUUUCAACAUCAGAGGAUUUGUUGGAAGAAAUAGAAUCUGAGCUCUUAUCUACUGAGUUUGCAAAAGAACACCGACUACCAAAUGGAAUGAAUAAGGGAGAAAAUGCAUUAGUUAUGUUUGAAAAGUGUGUGCAAGAUAAGCAUUUGCAGCAGGAGCAUACCAUAAAGAAGUUAAUUAAAGAAAAUAAGAAGCAUCAGGAACUUAUCUUAGACAUUUGUUCAGAAAAAGACAAUUUAAGAGAAGAACUAAAAAAAAGAACAGAAACAGAGAAGCAGCAUAUGAACACAAUUAAACAGUUAGAAUCAAGAAUAGAGGAACUUAAUAAAGAAGUUCAAGCUUCCAAAGAUAAAGUACUAGCUCAAGACACUGCAACUAAAAAUGCAAUUCAGCAGUUACACAAAGAGAUGGCCCAUCGGAUGGAACAGGCCAACAAGAAAUGUGAGGAGGCACGCCAGGAAAAAGAAGCAAUGGUAAUGAAGUAUGUAAGAGGUGAGAAGGAAUCUUUAGACCUUCGAAAGGAAAAAGAGAUACUUGAAAAAAAACUUAGAGAUGCAAACAAAGAAUAUGAGAAAAACACUAACAAAAUUAAGCAACUUUCUCAGGAGAAAGGACGGUUGCACCAGCUGUAUGAAACAAAGGAAGGUGAAACUACUAGACUCGUCAGAGAAAUAGACAAAUUAAAGGAAGAUAUCAACUCUCACAUCAUUAAAGUAAAAUGGGCACAAAACAAAUUAAAAGCAGAAAUGGAUUCACACAAGGAAACCAAAGAUAAACUCAAAGAAACAACAACAAAAUUAACUCAAGCAAAGGAAGAAGCAGAUCAAAUUCGGAAAAAUUGUCAGGAUAUGAUAAAAACAUAUCAGGAAUCAGAAGAAAUUAAAUCAAAUGAACUUGAUGCCAAGCUUAGAGUCACAAAAGGAGAACUUGAAAAACAAAUGCAAGAAAAAUCUGACCAGCUAGAAAUGCAUCAUGCCAAAAUAAAGGAACUAGAAGAUCUGAAGAGGACAUUUAAGGAGGGCAUGGAUGAGCUACGAACACUGAGAACAAAGGUAAAAUGUCUAGAAGAUGAACGAUUGAGAACAGAAGAUGAAUUAUCAAAAUAUAAAGAAAUUAUUAAUCGCCAAAAAGCUGAAAUUCAGAAUUUAUUGGACAAAGUGAAAAUUGCAGAUCAGAUACAGGAGCAGCAUCAAAGAGGUAAACAAGAAAUUGAAAAUUUGAAGGAAGAAGUGGAGAGUCUUAAUUCUUUGAUUAAUGACCUACAAAAAGACAUCGAAGGCAGUAGGAAAAGAGAAUCUGAGCUACUACUGUUUACAGAAAAGCUCACUAGUAAGAAUGCACAACUUCAGUCUGAAUCUAAUUCUUUGCAGUCACAAUUUGAUAAACUUUCCUGUAGUGAAAGUCAGUUACAAAGCCAAUGUGAACACAUGAAACAGACAAAUAUUAAUUUGGAAAGUAGAUUGUUAAAAGAAGAAGAACUGCGAAAAGAGGAAGUCCAGACUCUGCAAGCUGAACUCACUUGUAGACAAACCGAAGUUAAAGCAUUGAGUACCCAGGUUGAAGAAUUAAAAGAUGAGUUAGUAACUCAAAGACGUAAACAUGCCUCUAGUGUCAAGGAUCUUACCAAACAACUUCAGCAAGCACGAAGAAAGUUAGAUCAGGUUGAGAAUGGAAGCUAUGAUAAAGAAGUCAGCAGCAUGGGAAGUCGUUCUAGUUCAUCAGGGUCCCUCAAUGCUCGAAGCAGUGCAGAAGAUCGAUCUCCAGAAAAUACUGGGUCGUCAGUAGCUGUGGAUAACUUUCCAGAAGUAGACAAGGCCAUGCUGAUUGAGAGGAUAGUAAGGCUGCAAAAGGCACAUGCUCGGAAAAAUGAAAAGAUAGAAUUUAUGGAGGAUCACAUCAAACAAUUGGUGGAAGAAAUUAGGAAAAAAACAAAAAUAAUUCAGAGUUACAUUUUACGAGAAGAAUCAGGCACACUUUCUUCAGAGGCAUCUGAUUUUAACAAAGUCCAUUUAAGUAGACGGGGUGGCAUCAUGGCAUCUUUGUACACAUCCCAUCCAGCUGAUAGUGGAUUAACAUUGGAACUCUCUUUGGAGAUCAACCGAAAACUACAGGCUGUUUUGGAGGAUACGUUAUUGAAAAAUAUUACUUUGAAGGAAAAUCUGCAAACACUUGGAACAGAAAUAGAACGUCUUAUUAAACACCAGCAUGAGCUAGAACAGAGGACGAAGAAAACCUAACACAAAGUUCUUCCUCAGUAAACAGACAAAAGCUACACAAGGAGCAGGUGCCAUUGCCCAGUAUUGUUGGAAACUUUUCCCUGCUUUGUGUGUCAGCCAGUAAAAAAUUUGUUUUGCUUCAUCUGUAUAAAAAAGUACCUUUUUACAAUACAAAUGCAUUGCUGUGUAUACUGUAAGAAUGUAAGCAUUGAUGAAACUUGUUUUUGUGUGGUGACAGCCUGUCAUUGAAUCAGAACAACUUAUUUAAUUUGCUGAUAGUCAUAUGAAGUGCUGAACAUUAUGACAAGGGCUUUUGAAAACCCCUUCUCCAUAUUUCUUCCCUUUAAAAUAUAUAAUGUCAAAAAUGAUUUCACUUUUUAAAAUUAUGCAUGAAAGGACAGGUGUUAAUCAUUCAGUAAUAUGCUAUUUCUCCAACAUGAAGAAAACUAAAGAAGUGAUAAAAACUUGUUUUGACAUUCUAAUAUAACAUUUGCUUGUGUGUUAGGGAUGCUAGUGAGUUCUUAAACCAUUUGAUUUUAAUGGAAGCUAAUAGGAAAGCUAGCUUUUGGUAACUAGCAAUGAUCAGGCAUUGUAUGCCCCUGUCAGGUUUCCUUAUUUGUGCUAGGUACAUUUUUUUCAGAUUCGAAUUGAGUUAAUAGUUGAGUUUUUUAAAUCUCCAGUUACAUAAAAUAUGAUUUUAAAUAACCUGCUCAUUUAGAGAAUUCCUGUGGACUUCAGUUAUUUUUUAAAAUGUGAAAUGGAUUAGUCUCAUUAGAACAGAGAGAUGAAUAAUGAAUUCUUUGAAACUGAAAUACUUUAGUUUUACUGACAUCAAGUAUAAAGAUAAAUUUAAGAUAUUUAUAAAGAACCAGUUCCCAAGAGAAUCCAGCAUAUGGCACUGUUAACCAUUUUAUCUGUGCACCAUUCUUUACUGUUGGUAUAAUUAUAUAUUAUAGUGAGGUGAUCUUACAGUCCCCAGAUAUGAUGUGUUUGGUAUAUUUAUUUAAAAUACAAAAUAAUUACAUCUCCGUAACCAAAGGAAUUUUAGAACCAAAUUUAUGUAUCCUGUUGGAUUUUUACAAUAUUUAUGAUGUACACUUAAAUGUUGACAGUCAUAGCAUCAGUAUUUCUGUCAUUGAAUUUUUUUCUCACCUCUUGUAAUUUCUCACUUAUUUUAAUUUCUGUGUGUGGUUUUUCACAUUUCAUUAUAUUCAGAUAAUUUCUGUAGUAGAUACCUUGGCACAUACACAGAUGUUGCAGCAAGCCUCAUUUUCGUUUUGGAUUUUCGCAACCUUCUUUCUCCCCUUAAGAGAAGUAAGCUUUGCGGUGAUGGAUUAAAAGCCUUUAAAGAAUUGUGUGGCUUUAAAAGUUGGGCGGGGCUUAUGGUGGCAAUUUCCCUUUAAUGUGUUUUAACUUUUUUUAAAAAUCAACAUUGCUUUAAAAGAUCAGUUACUAAGGAUUAGAUAAUUCAAUGCAGCAUUUUUUCUGUAUAUUGAGUUAUAUGUUGUCAUCCAAAAACAAAAUCUUUUCACUUCAGAAUGGAAAUACAAGUCCAGAAACAUUUUAUAUUUAAAAUAGCUAUAAAAGUUUUAGCCUUACCAUAAUGUAUCUUGUUCUUUUUACCAGUGAUAAUUUAUCAAAAUAAAGAAAUGAGGGUAAGUGCAAUCCCAUCUGAAUUAUUUUCCUAGUUGUUUUUGACAAUACUAUUGAUACUCCCAAAGACUAUUUAGUCAACAUAACUAAAUUUUUACAGCUUCUUAUGUGAUAUAGAUUCAUACACUACAGUAUUUGUUUUUUUCCUCCCAAGACACAAAUUUAUUAAUGGAGACCAAAUAGUGGUCAGAACCAUAGUAUUCUAUGUCUAUACACCUUAAAAAUAUACAUUUUUUGCAUACAUAUAUUACAUAUGAAAAUGAAACAUUCCAAUAUUAACAUUUGUGCCAGCAUUCAUUUAGAGAAGUUUAAUGGUUAAACAAUUUUAGAAGAAUGUAAUUAUAAACCAUAUUUUGACUUAUUAUUACUUUUCGCACCCAUAAAUGUAUGGAACUGUGGAAAACUUGAAGAAAAUGCUUUAUUUUCCUUUUGCUCUUUAGUUUCUACUAUAUCCUUUUGUAUAUGGAUCAGGACUGAGCAAAGUGUGUACAAAAAUGUGCAUUUAUCAGCUCCCUCUCUCUAAACUGAUUCACAAACAGAUUCUGAUGUAAGCAUUUAGAGGGCCUUCUACCCUUACUGUACUGAAUAUAUGGAGAGAAGAAUGGGGUGUCUAGAAAAGGAAAAUAGUCUGGAUAAACUUGAGAUCUAGGAGAAAUUUUGUUUUAUGUGUUUAUUAUUAAUUGAACACAUCAAAUGCUGUUUUUGUUAGCACUAUUUUGGUUUCUUUGAGCAGGAAGUGAUUUUUGUGUGUGUGUGUAUAUAUAUGUAUACACUUCACUAGGUUUUAAUUUUAAAGUGAAUACUUGCUGUGACUCCCUUUUUCCCAUACCACUUCAAACGUUAGCCUGAUAAGUUUUAAGGAUUGAAAAUGGUGGGUUUGGGCAGAAGAAUGAGUUUAAAGUGGUUUUUUUUUUUUUUUUAAACUUUCUAUCCAUAACCAUUUAAAGCAGAUUAUCUUGAAAUUAAAUUUUGUCAGGCUACCAACAUGUUAUUUAUUCAUGUAAUAAACACAGUUAUUAGAAACCUCUUAUUGCCAGGCACCAUACAGGGUAUCAUCAUUAUACUGAUAGACCAGACAGGGCAAUUCCUGUCUUUACGGAGCUUAUGGUCUAGUGAAAACAGCUGGGAGGCAGUAGGAGCAGCUCUUUAAGCCUCUGCAGCUCACAACCAGCCCCUGUUGGAAGAGGGUUAAUUCACUUGUGCAAGUAUGUGACCCAGAAGUCUCACUCUGGCGUGAAGCUUUGGGAAAUGAAUCCUUGCUGAGGUACACUGAGAGCAGAUUGCUGUUUUCGUGGUGGUUCUGCACAUUCCUAACUUUUUUUCACAGCUUGAUGUUUAAUUAUUCUUUAAGAAGAAGGAAAAAAAAAUCCAAAGACUAUAAAAUGGUAUUUGAUUUUUGCCAUUUUAGUAAAUUAUUAAUGCCUCCUUGAUGCUCAUAAAGAUGAAUCUAAUCACAUUGUCAUGCAUAUUUCCAAACUUUGUUUUACAGUAUACUCUAAAGACUUUUACAUAUAAUUUUAGGCCAAGAUUUACCAGUAGAAGGAAAAAAGCACUAGAAACCAUUAAUAUUGUAAAUGUUAUAUAUGCUACCGUGGUGAAAAUAUUUUUAUCAAUCAUGUUAUUCCAUAUCAUUAAUUUGCCUUAUGGAUGCUGAGUCCAGUGGUCUAUCUUCCAGUAACCUUUUUAAAACAAAACAAUUCUUUUUUGACACUAAGAUUGUUAAUUUUUAACACCAGUUGGUGGCACUAGAAACCUGAAAAUUUUCAAGGCUGAACAAGAGAAGAUAAUCAAAAGAGAAUCCAAACAAAGAAUUUUCAGGAAAAUAAAUGAAAAAUAUAAUUGUAUAUUAAAGAUGUAUUUUUCUUCUGGAAUGAAAUUCUUUUUUAAAAUGCAUAUGGCUGUCCAUUUUGACUAUGAUGAAACUUGUUUACCUUCCAAAGUUCAUAUAUAUAUAUGUGUGCAUUGUACAGAUAAUCUUUAGUUUGAUUAUACUGUUCAUUUUGUAAAUAUGUUUCUGUAUAAAAUGAAUCUUUUCAAGAGAAUUUUAUGUAUAUAUUGUACUUAUUAAAUAGGUAAUGCCUAUUUACCAAGUUGUAUUUUACUGGCAUCUUUGAUUAUUUAUUUACGCACACCACUUGCUAACAGACUGAUUCUCCAGACUUGGCAAAACCUGAUUCAGAUUGCUUGAAUUUUCUUUUUUAAACCAGAUUAAGAAUUUUUGCUUUCCAUUUUUGUCUUUACUCAUUACCAUUAAAAGUCAGUGAACAAUAGUAAGCAAAUUGAAUGCCACGUUGUAUUUUAAAUUUUUGUUUAAAUUAUUGAUAGCAAAAUUUGGCCUUUUAUAAAAGGCCUUUUAUACAUGCCUAUGUGAAAAUUUCUCAUUGAACUUGACAAGCCAGUAAUAAAUUCAGAUUUUCCACAAAAUUAUGGAACUUACUUGCCCAAAUUAUCC